UUAUAAACUAAAUAAUUACAUUAAAAGAGUAUAAGCACUAAUGUGCUGGAAGGUUGCAAUAUGCUAGUAGGGCAUUAUAAAAUUUUCAGAAGAUGCACUGCAUUUUGGAACCAAGGAAUGCUUGAUGAAACAUUUUGGCUGACUUCCAGCAUCCUUGCUGCAGUUUCUAUUUAAAGUAGAACAAAGUGUGUUUUGAUGAACAUUUGCCCAUCGCUCUUUGUGUAACCUUUUGUUCUUUUUCAACAUGCUCAUGGCUGCAUUGGUUGGUGAAACUCAAUGUCGGUAAUGGGCACCCUGCUCCAGCACAGAGCCAUUGUUUCUGCCAUUGAGAAGAUUACUGACCACAAAAUCUCCAGCACAAUUUUACCUCUUGUCACGAAAAAAAUGAAUGCAUUUUCAAAAGGGUAACUGACAGAAAAGGAGACCAUGGGAAAUUCAUAUGCUGGACAAAUGAAAUCUGCACGUUUUGAAGAGGCUCUUCACAAUUCAAUAGAAGCAUCACUUCGAUCCAACAGUAUUUCUCCUCAGCCAAUCUUCUCUCAACUCUAUCUUGAGUCAGAUCAACCACCUCUGUCCCCUGAAGAUGUCAAACCAAAGAUAGAGGACCUUGAUAAAGAAAUUGAAGUCCAUCGUUAUACACAGAGUAGCUCUUCUGGAUUCCCAGCUAUACAAGUCAGCAAUGGAUUGGAUAAUGAGGAGGAGGAGGAAGAAGAGGAACUGUCAGAGUCAAACAGCCCACCUAUUUCCUACAUUCAGAAACAUGUUCCAGAGGGAUCCUGUACAACUGAUGGUUUCUGUCAGGCCGGCAAAGACCUGCGCUUGGUAUCACUCUCCACAGAACAAAUUGAUAUUCCACCGGGUUUUGUGCUGGUAGGAGCCAAGUCUCCAAAUCUUCCUGAGCACAUUCUGAUUUGUGCAGUAGAUAAACGAUUCCUGCCAGAUGACAAUGGAAAGAAUGCACUUUUAGGUUUCUCGGGAAAUUGUAUAGGCUGUGGGGAGAAAGGAUUCCGGUACUUCACCGAGUUUUCCAAUCACAUCAACUUAAAACUGACAACCCAGCCGAAGAAGCAGAAGCACUUAAAAUAUUACCUCAUCAAAAACUCACAAGGUGUUUUCUCAAAGGGACCAUUAAUUUGCUGGAAAGAAUGCCGAACUCGUCAGUUGCCUAGCAGUUAUUCAUCUGCACUACCUACAGCCAAGACAGUUGCUGCAGUCAGUGGUUCGACAUCACCUUCACCCAAUGUAGACACAGUCUCACCCAGUGCUUGCAGCACCACGGCCGCCAGCUGUCAGACAGAAUCGAUGUUCAGUCAUGGUUCAGCAGCAUCCUCUGCCAGUUUCUCUGGAUGUCAAGACCUGUCCCGGAGUGGAAAUAUAACAAAACCUCUUGCCAUGGCCAUACAACAACCUGUGAAGCCUCUCACUGCAGCUCCUUGCCCAAAUAACCAGUCACCUGGGUCUGUGCGAGUUAAUGGUAAUACCAAUAGUAAUGGCACUGCUGGGAAAUCCAACGUUUUCAAUGCUUCUUUGUCUCGACCUCAACUUCUUCCAACUUCAUCAAGUCCCGGCUUGACAUCAGGAGAAAACAGCAUUAUGACAAGCUCUGGGCCACCUAAGAAGCGCCAUCGUGGGUGGUCUCCAGGCUCUCCGAAUGCUGCUCCCACAGUAGUCCCUGUUCCAGCUGUGAGACCAGUGCCGAGAUCUGAUGCUGCACUACCUGUGCCUGUUACUCAGUCCAUGCCAUCUGGAGUUUUGCAGCCGCAACCAAUCCCCGCAGGGGAAACUGUAAUCAUCCCUGAAAACUUAUUGAAUAAUUCUGGAGUGAGACCUGUUAUUCUGAUAGGUUAUGGUGCUUUACCAUAUUUUUAUGGCAAUGUUGGCGAUAUUGUAGUAAGCCCUCUACUUGUGAAUUGUUACAAGUUUCCACAGCUGACUUCAACUGAACUAGCACAGCUGGGUGUUUCCAACAGCCAGAUCCUAACUGUGGAAAAUAUGAUUCUCUUAACAAUACAAUAUUUGAUUCAGCUGGGUCCAGACCAAAUGCCUCUCAGGGAAGAGUUUGAACAGAUUAUGCUGAAGGCUAUACAGGACUCAAGCCUCAAAGACAGAUCCCUACAACUUGGAGGCCCUUCUUCCACUGUGUCGCCAGGACAGCUGCCCUGGCUUGCACGACUUGCUGCCAGUGUCUCAAGAGAUCUAGUGCAAGUUGUUUUCUCUCAGAAUUCUCUGGCUGAAGGCAUCUCAGAAACCUUAAGAACAUUUGGUGAUGUACAUCUUCAACAGAAAGUACCUAACUAUGUGGUAGUCAUUUGUACUUCAAAGAUAAGAGGCAAUGAAUUUUGUGUAGUGGUUUUAGGUCACUAUCAAUCCAGAGUGUUAGCAGAGAGUAUGCUCACCACAACUGAGUUUCUGAAGGAAAUCAGCUAUGAGUUGAUUACAGGAAAAGUCAAUAUUUUGGCAUCCCAUUUUAAAACCUUGCCCUUUGGAGAUAAUUUAGACAAAUUCCUGGAUAAAUUUCAGCAAAAUAGAAACAAUAAUGUUGCUAUUCCAUUCAAUGGAAAUGUUUCUGAAUAUAUUCCGUCUGAUGAGGCUGCAGCAGUGACAUCAAAGCAAGCUGUUGAUUCAUAUACUGAAGUGUUCCAGAUCCAUUCGCCUCAACUCACUGUUGCUCGCAAGCUGCUGUCUCAGGUUUGUGCUAUAGCGGACUCCGGAAUGCAAAACCUAGAUCUGGGGCGCUUUGCAAAAGUUGACUUCACCAUUUUAGUUCCUCCAUCAGAAGUUCUUUUCCACCAGACUUUGCAACGUAUUCAACAUUCAGGAGUUCUUGUAGAUCUGGGUCUUGAGGAAAAUAAUAUAGCUGAUCAAAGGGCUGAGAAAUAUAUUAUCCGGCUAGACCAUGACUUUCAGAACAAGUUUGAGGCUUUCAUGAAAAAGAUCAAACAGAAUCCAUACACACUCUUUGUUCUUAUUCAUGACAAUUCCCAUGUUGAUCUUACUAGUCUUGUUUCAGGUUCCACAACUCAUUGGGAAUCCAGCCAGAGUCUGUCAGAUAAGUUUAUUAAUUCACGUGAGGCACUUGAGGCUUGCAACUUACUUAUGUUGCAGGUCAGCUCGUUUCCUUUCACUCUACAGACACAACAGUCCCGUGUUUGCUCAUACAAUGAAGUACACUGGAUACUCUCCAGCAACCCUGAGGAGCUCAGCAGUGAGGAGUUGGUGUACUUUGGUUUGUCCGAUUAUAGAAAAUCUUUACAAUGGGGCAUUACAAGUCCAAUUCUAAGAUGUGAUGAGGCUUUUGAAAGAAUGGUGAAUACUUUGAUGGAAAGGUAUCCCCGAUUGCACAGUAUGGUGAUCCGAUGCUACCUGCUGAUUCAGCAGUAUUCUGAAGCCAUGAUGGCUGUAACAUCAAUGAAUUUGCUGAGAGAACACACUACACCUGAGACUCUGAGUAUUAUGGAUGACUUGAUCAGUUGUCCAGGGAAAGAUGAACUUGGCCGUGGACAUAUGCUUUUGAUAAGAGUCCCAUCAGUGCAGCUGGCAAUACUUGCCAAGGAGCGACUUCAGGAUGUUCGAGAUAAGCUCGGCCUGCAGUAUCGCUUUGAAGUACUUCUGGGCAACCCUGCUGGGGAACUCAGUGUUGCCAAGCACUUUGUUACACGAAUGAAGGGAUGGAGAGGAUGUGAGCAGGACGAUUGGAACCCACUUACGUAUCAGGAUUUGGAAGGUCUCCCAUGUAUUGUUAUUUUAACUGGUAAAGAUCCACUUGGGGAAUCAUUUCCACGGUCCAUGAAGUACUGUGAUCUUAGGCUAAUUGACUCCAGCUACCUUACACGAACAACUCUAGAGCAAGAGAUAGGCCUGGCUUGUGGCUAUGUUUCUAAAAGUGCUGUCAGAGAAACUAUGGCAAUUUUUCAACGAACAGAAAAAGAUCAAGAGAAAGUUUUCAUCGAUGAGAAUGAAUCUGAUGAAUUGCAGAUUGACUUAGAGAGACCACAAAGCAACAGCAGUACAGUCACUGGAACCUCAGGUUCCUUAGCGGAGAAUGGAGUGAGCUCUUCCAUUGCUCUUGACUCAUCACAGAGGCCUGCUUCAUCUCUUAGCUUCCAGCACAUUGUGAACAGUUCAACUGAUGAAGGCACUUCCACAUACACCUCGCACAUCUCAACCAGUGUAUGCAGUGAGGGCUGCAAACAGGAAAGUGACAUGGAAGGGAAGGAAACUGCAAGCAGCACAGUUUCAAAAUCAUCCUCAUUAUCUGGAAAUUCUCGCCAAUCUAUUCUAGACAAUAAGGACCUAAGGACUCCACACCUCAUUUUUCCAAGGACUGUAAUUUUAUCAAAGCCAGUCUAUCAUCUCCUUGGCUCAGCAAGAAAUGAACACCUGUGCUCUGCCUCUCUGUUGCCUCAUGCUGAUAUGACUUGGACUAGCCCACUGAGAUCACUGUUUCACAAGGACUUGAGCAGUGAAGAACAGUCACUUUAUUAUCGACAGUGGACAAUUCCCAGGCAACAUCAUGCGGACUAUAGCAAUAAAAGUGAGGGAAGUUCUGGAAACUUCCACCGCCGCCGAUUGUUAUUGACUGGACCUCCACAGGUUGGAAAGACUGGUGCGUACUUGCAGUUCCUUAGAAUUCUUUCCCGCAUGCUAAUAAGACUAUUAGAGGUUGAUGUAUACAAUGAAGAAGAGAUUAAUGAAGAGAUGAAAGAAGCAAAGGAGCAUGUGCAAGGAACUAAUGCGCAUUGGCCUGAUAUUGAACUCUUCAGUAAAAUGACCUUUGACUACACAGUACAUGAUCCAAAAUAUCGCCACAUCAGUUCUGUCUACUCAGACAAGCUGCCGAAGGUUAAGCUAGAAAGUGGCAAAAGUUGCAGCUCAAGUGACGGAUCAACGAAACAAGAGACGGUUUCUAUUAUGUUAACUAAAUACGCUGCGUAUAACACGUUCCACCAUUGCGAGCACUGCCAUCACUAUGUUGAUUUUAGCCCUGCAACACAGGUGUCUGAUUCUACACUACAUGCAUUUACAUUUUCCUCCUCCAUGCUGGGAGAGGAAGUGCAGCUUCACUUUAUCAUUCCGAAAUCGAAGGAGCAGUAUUUUAUCUUCAGUCAGCAGGGUAAACAUCUGGAGAGCAUGCGUCUACCUCUUGUCACAGAUAAGAAUUCAAAAUUAGUGAAGAGUCCUAUCUUUACACCUACUACCGGGCGGCAUGAGCAUGGUCUUCUGAACCUCUACCAUGCCAUGGAAGGUGCAAAUCACCUUCAUAUCCUUGUGAUUAAAGAGUUUGAAAUGCCAUUUUAUCGAAAAUAUUGGCCCAACCACAUUAUGUUGGUAUUACCAGGCACAUUCAAUGGUGCAGGGGUUGGUGCUGCCCACUUUCUAAUCAAAGAGCUUUCAUACCACAACUUGGAAUUGGAAAGAAAUCGGCAGGAAGAGAUAGGAGUCAAGCGACAGUGUGUUUGGCCAUUUAUACUGGUCAUGGAUGACUCUUGUGUCCUUUGGAAUCUUCAUAAUAUGCAGGAAUUGCCCAGCAGUGAAACUAAAGAACCUGCGGUUUCCACAAAGAAUGUUUCCUUGAAGUUCUUAAUGCAACACAUUGAAGCCACACCAAAGAUUACUCAUUAUGCACUCUGUGGGAUUCAAAAGUGGAACAGCAAACUGACUGCUGGAAAAAUGCGGACUCCAUUCUCUCGCUGCCACAUACAUGAUUUUAUAUUCCUCAAUGUUGAUCUGACACAAAACGUACAAUAUGAUCUGAACAGAUAUACCUGUGAAGACAUUGACUUCAAUCUACGGACAAAUAGUAGUGGCUUACUCCUUUGUCGGUUCAAUCACUUCAGUCUCAUGAAGAAAUGUAUUCAGGUUGGAGGACACAAAGAUUUUGUUAUAAAGCCUAAGGUCAUGGUGAGCGAAAGCCUCAAUAUGAUUUCAGCCUCACAGUAUGUCUGUGCUCCAGACAGUGAAAGCACAAUGUUGGCUGCUCCUGCCCACUUUCUCCUGGAGAAAUUCCUGCAACACACAAGUUACAAGCUGUUUCCUAAAGCUAUAAACAACAGUAAGAAUCCAGUGUUGUCUAUUGACUGUUAUAUGAACCUGGGUCCUGAGAUUUCUGUUUGUUACAUAAGUUCACGACCUCAUUCAGUUAAUAUAAAAUCUGAGGAGGUGUUGUUCAGUGGACUUCUACUCUACCUCUGUGACUCAUUUGUCGUUGCUGACUUUCUCAAGAAAUUCAUGUUUCUUAAAGCUGCCACACUUUGUGUGAUCUGUCAAGACCGAAGUUCAUUACGUCAAACUAUUGUCCGUCUAGAAUUGGAAGAUGAAUGGCAGUUCCGGCUGCGUGAUGAGUUUCAGACAGCCAACAGCAGUGAUGAUAAACCACUUUAUUUUCUUACUGGACGGCACAUUUAAGUUCACAGAUAGCAAGAAAUAACAGGUGAUGGUGACGGGUGGCACAAUAACAGCAUAAUAGAGUACAACUUAUAAUCUCAAAAGAAGGGUAAAGUGACACAUUUUGAGUAGAAACAAAAUGGGUAAUUUUUCUGGUUACCUAACUGAGGUCACUUUAUCAAACAUUUACAGCAGAACAGGGACCGUGUGCUCAGUGUAUAAGAAGGAUCUAUUAACCAAGGUCAGUUUAUUCAGUAACUCCAGAAGGGAGUCUUGUGUGCGAUUUGCAAGGAAAAAGGCAUACGUACACCAUGAUAAAAUCAAGCAAUUCAAUUUUCAGAAAAAGGCAGGGCAAGAUGCAAAAUGUUUUUUUUUCUUCAUUAGAACCAAUCAAACCAAUGAUGAUUCCAAAACAUAAGAAAAAUAGACCUGGAUCAACAAAUAAGGUGAACGACUGCCACCAGAAAUACUUCACUGAAGGAAUGGAACAAAAUCAGUGGAGCAAAAGCAAUUGAAGAUUGUACUUUAAGGAUCUCCAGUGUCGCCAUUCUUACUGUACAUAAUUACAGUUAAGCUCAGGGUUUUGAAAACAGGUGACAGUGGAGAAGGAUUAUCCAUAAUCACACCACGUACUAUUUCUUUUUGUUGGGUUUUAUAGUGCAUGUUUCCAUGUUUAUUUGGUUCCUAACCUGACAAUAUUUUUAAGCAAGCUCUCAUAUCUUCUGGACAUUGUAAUCUAAAUACUAGGGAAAUGUAAAAUGUAGUUACAUGAUGUUUUCAAGUGGGACUAUUGCUGAUUUUUUUUAAGCGGCAAUUGAUCCAGAAACAUUUUCCCACCAGAGAUUUGCAGGCCUUUGUUAAUUUUUUAAAUUUCACAUACACAAUUGUCUUGUCUUCUCUUAUAUAUAUUUAUAAGACCUCUUUUUGUAUUGUACAAGUAGUUGCAUGCUUGUAUUUUAUAUUUACAGCAUUAUUAUGUUUAAUAUUGCCUAUUCUCAUAUAACUGAUUACCAUCAUUCAUUGAAUCUGAUUUUGGAAAGUUAAAGCAAAUCCACGACAGGUAUUACUAAAAUAGUAAAAGCUAAUGGUGGAUGAUGUGAUUUUUGCUUUCCUUUUGUGUAUGGUAUAUAUUUCUUUUUCAAAGUAAAUGUACACAAAUAUGACACAUCUAAUGAUUCCUUGCUUUGUGCCUGUAAUAUGUAUUUUUAAUUUUUGUUACUGUUUAAAGAGAUAACCUGUGGGAAAACAAACAUAACAUUGGUUUAAUUGUAAUUCUUUUACUGAGUUAAUUCAUAACUUUUUGACCAUUUUUUCCCCUAUAUCUACAACAGUCUCUUUGCAGGGAAUGCAAUGAUAAUCUCAAUGGCAACCAAAAAAUAUAAAAUGAUAGUAACUGUAUAAAAAUGUGAAAUUGCCCCUAGCUCCUAACCUACCACUCUUCUCUCAGGCAACAGGAUUAUAGACAUAUAAUGUAAGUUGGUUUUAUAAUCUUUCCAAAGAUUGAUUAUUUGGCCUGUAACCACCUGGCAAGUUUGAAGUAAAAUCAUUCCAAAUAGACAACGAAAGAAAAUGAUCCUAUUUUAGUGUUAUUUUUCAAUUGUAAUUUAAGAAUAAACUGUAGGCCUGUCAACAGCAAAGUGUAAAUGAUCAGACAUCAAAUGAAAGUAUGGGCAUUACAAAGUAAAUAACACUGGACAACUUUUUUUCAAAAGUGUUGCUUCCUCAGAAUUUUUUUUGUUUAUGAUAGACUGCUUGAAGAUGAACGCAAAUAUAAUUUCAGACUACUUGUAUCACAUAGGAAUUUGGAGAAACAACAAAUUAACUUUUAUUGAAUAUAAUGUGUUUAAUUGCAUAAUAGUGCUGAUGCUUUGCAAUAGUUCAACUAAGUUAAAAGUAUUUUGUUAAUGAUUUUCAUUUGUACUCAGUGUCUGAGGCUUCUUGCUUAAGUGUCCAACAAUAAUUCACCAGCAUUUAUGGAUUCCAGUUGCCCUGGUAUCUUUUCUCCAUGACCGCAAUGUCCUGAUGAAACCUUUCACCAUGCUUGUCACUAACAGCACCAAGAUUUGCAGGGAAGAAGUCUAAAUGGGAGUGCAGAAAAUGAAUCCUUAGUGACAUGUUGCACUUCAUGGUUUCAUAUUCUUGAAGCAUGCUUUCAACCAGCUGCAUGUAGUUUGGUGCUCUGUAGAAGCUGAGAAAAAUUUCAAUAAUUUCCUUGAAUGCCUUCCAUGUGAUUUUCUCCAGUCCCACUAGAAAUUCUUCAAAUUGCCUGUCAUUGAUGACCUGUUUGAUUAGUGGACCAACAAAAAUGCUUUCCUUAAUCUUGGCAUCAGUUAUUCUGGGAAGCAUCUGUCUCAGAUAUCAAAAUCCUUCAUAGAAAUUUUUGUGCCUGGUGAUAGCAAAUUCCAUCCUUACAGUCCUGAACUCAAUAAUUAUUGCUAACACCUGUCCUGCCAUGCAGCAGCCACGCCGCCUAAGCAUGCCUGGACAAGAUAGGAAACUUUCCAGCUUACAUUGUAGGCAACAUUUUAAUUGACUUGUAUUAUGAAUUGAAAUAAUAAACAUAAGUUUAUUUAAAAAAUGGUGCAUGAUAGGGAAAUUUCACGGUGAUUUUCAUGAUCAAUAGCCCAAAAUUCAUAAGAUACACCUAAAGGUAUUUAGGGAGCAAAAUCUUUGUUGUCCAGUGUAAUUAAAUCACACUAUUACUGCAGAUAAAUGAAUUAAAAUGAGUAAGAUUUAUCUUUUAUCUUACAAGGCAUUUCUCUUCCUCCCCAACUCCACUCCUCCCAGUGCUUGCAUUCGACACAAUAUUCAGAACAAUAACAGUCCUUGAAUAAACUCUUUAUUCAUCUACUGUUAUGCGAGCUUUAAACAAAAGGGGCUUGUGGGUUUUAAAAGUAAUUCAUGUAAUUAUUAUUUUGAGUUGAAUUAUGUAAACAUGAAGGGCAAGCCUUAUUGUCACAGAUCUCAGGUAGCUUUGUAUUACAUGAAUGUAUUGCAGAAGUUCAAAUUCCACUGACAGGAUAAAGGGCCACAUUUUGCAGACUGUGACCUAGACUAAAAGUACCCUAAAAAAAUUGUAUGCUUGUUGCAGCAAAUCUUGCAGAACCUGUCCUCAAUCUGUCAAUCCCAUUAAAUCAGUACAUUUGCCAUGAUUGAGAUUCUUCUAUAGCAUUACACCCCAGUCCUGUCAAUGAACUUUUUGCAUUUUUAUGACUGAAUGUAUGCUGUUAGUUGCAAUGCUGUUAUCAAUGUACUUUAAAAUUUUUGUGCUUAAGAGAAAUACACCUGCAUUUUCUGUACUCCAUAUAUCAUCAAAAUGGUAGACCAAGUAAUUGAAAGACUGGAAACUUGAAAUUCAGGCUGGAGUGAUAACUUUUAGUUUUAGGUCCCUUGCAAAAUUGUUCUCACACUGUUUGAAAAGCCAAGGUAAUUUAAUGGUAUACAAUGUGGAGCGAAUGAUUUUUUUUUGUAGGUAAAUACAUUUUGCACAUAACUCAGUCCAUUUGGAACAUGUUGGUUUCAAACACUAAUUAGUUGUGGAGUGUAUUUUUCUAUUUUCCUUUUAUUUAAAUUUAUAUUGAACAUUUAUUAGCCUAUUUCCUACAAUGAAAUGUCUCCACAAAUUGUCUGUGCUGCAGACUACAGCCUCUAGUCUCUGUUUCAUUAACAUCAAAGAUUAUAGACUUGGUUUACAGAUUCAGCAGCAGCAACGUUCGAUUAGAGUCAUACAGCAUGGAGUUGGGCUCUUUAGCCCGACUCAUCCUCUAUAUGCCCUUUAUAAUUUUAUGACCUAUACAAGGUCACCUUUCAGCCUUUGGCACUCGACUGAGAAUAAUCCCAGCCUAUCUUAUCUCUCCUUUACUCUAAGCAAUAUCCCGUUAAAACUCUCCUGCAUUGUCUCUGUUGCUGCAAUGUUGUCCUUGUAGUGUGCCAACAAGAAUCAUGUCUAGUACUCCAUCUGUGGCCUAAUCAAUGCCUGAUACAGCUGCAUCAUGUUUUAGCUCAAUCCCAUGGCAUAUUAAGGCAAGAAUGCGAACUACCUUUGCCCUUACCCCCACCACUAGUCACUAUUAACUUGCUGUAUAGCCCGAAGUCCCUCUGUGUAACAGUGCUUCUAAGGUCCCUGCAGUUUACUAUACAUUAGAAAAUCCAAAUGCACAACUUCGCACAUCUGGAAUGAAGUCUAUCCGCCUAGACUCCACCCAACUUUCCAGCUGAUCUAGGUCCUGCUGUAUCCCAAGAUGACUGUUUUUGAUAUUGACAACUCUGCCAUUUUUUCUGUGAUCUACAAACUCACUAAUCAUCAAUUUAUAUAGAUUAAAGAAAAAACAAAGAUUCUAACACCAAUUCCUGUAACACACCACUAAUUACAGACUUCCAUUCAGAGAAACAAGUAUCUGCUACUAAACUCUGCCUUCCAUCAUCAAAUCCAUUCCAACUCAUUUACUAAAACACUCUGAAUUCCUUGUGCCUCAACUUUUUUGGAUCAGCCUAUUGUGUGAAACCAUGUCAAAAGCUUAACUAAAGUCAACAUAUGUUUACCAUCAUUUUCCUAAAUGACCUCAAUAAUCUCAUCAGAUUUGAAACAGGAUUUUCCAUGUGUAAAACCAUGCUAUUCCCCUCCUAAUAAAGCUCUGCCUUUCCAAUUGAUCGCUAAUCCCAUCUUUAAGGAUUAUCUUCCAACAGAUUCCCUAUUAUGCAAGGCUCAACACUGAUCUUCUUGUGUAUGGAAGACCGUCUGAUACCCUUCAGCCUUUCUCAUCUAACCUGCAGCUACAGGUUCAAAAUAAAACCUCUAAAUUCCCCAGCAAUUUCUGUCCUUGCUUCCGUUAACAUUGUGGGAUAGAUUUCAUUAGGCCCUGAGUUAAUAUUUCUAACACCUUCCUGGUUCAAGCACAUUUCAGACUAUUAAGCAUUCAUCUUUCCCAACUCUCCAUCUUCCUCCUUAGCAAAUAUUAAUCUGAAGUAGUCAUUCAGGACACCAAAGACUUCCUUUUUGACCCUGAAGGGGCCUACUACUUCUCUAGCAACUGUCAGUCAAGUAUAUUUAAAAGACGCAAACAGGAAUUCUGCAGAUGCUGGAAAUUCAAGCAACACACCCAUCAAAGUUGCUGGUGAACGUUUAUAGCUGUGAGAGUCAGUAGGCUUAUAGUGGACAUCAGUGGAUAAGCUGUCUCCAGAGACAGAGACAGAAAGAUCUAGAAAGGGGAGUGAGGUGUCAGAAAUGGACCAGGUAAGCUUGAGGGCAGGGUGAAAGUUGGAGGCAAAGUUAAUAAAUAUUAUAGCUGUGAGAGUCAGUAGGCUUAUAGUAGACAUCAGUGGAUAAGUUGUCUUACUAACUCUUCCUUCAGUUAGUCCUGACGAAGGGUCUCGGCUUGAAACGUUGACUGUACCUCUUCCUAGAGAUGCUGCCUGGCCUGCUGCAUUCACCAGCAACUUUGAUGUGUGUUGCCUAUAUUUAAGAGUUGUUUUUCUUUUUUUAAAUUUUGCUGGGCAGUGCAAUUUCAUAUCCCCAUUUUGCCAUCCUAACUGAUUUCUUAAGAUCUCUACUUAUCUUUUGUUAACCUCAAAAGGACUCACGAUAACAAUUUUCAUAACUCACAUAGACUUUGUUCAUUUUCUGAGCAAGUCCUCACUUUGUUCCUUGAUCUUACCAAAUUUAACUUCUUACACUUACAAACACACAUUGACUCUGAACUUUUGCUUUCAGAUACCUUCAUCUGAUGUCAUAUUUCCCUUCUAGCAACUGCUGCAAAUAUUCUUUCAUCUUAUAGGUGAGUCCUCCCCCAGCCUAAGACCUGAACUCUAGGUUCAACUUAUUGAUUGUCACUGUUUGCAAAAGGUUCCUCCACAGACGUUUCCACCACUUGCAUCCUCUUUCCCUAAAGUAAGGCAGAGAAACAGAAACUACUGUUUCCCAGUAGUAGUAAUAGGUUAAGACGUUAUUCAUUGGGAUGUAGGAGACUAAGAGAUGAUCUUUUAGAGGUGUACAAUCAUGAGGAGCAAAGAUGGCUGACUGCACAGUCUCAUUCUCAAGGAAAGGGAAUCAAAAACUAGACAGCAUGGGUUUAUGAUGAAAGGGAAAAGAUUUAAAAGGAGCAAGUUGUUCAUACAGAGGGAGGUGCAUGUAUGACAUGAGCUGCCAGAGGUUGUGGCUGAGGUAGGAACAACAAUGUUUAUAAGACAUUUAGAAAGGUACAUGUAUGAUAGGUUUAAAAGGCUAAACACAGGCAAAUGGAUUAAAUGGGCAGCUUGGUGGCAUGGACAAGUUGGGCCAAAUGGUUUCUAUGCUGAAUGACAAUCCAUGUUGCUCUAAAACCCCUUCAUUUAAAAAAUGCCACCCAAUCUCAGCCCCUUACAGUAAGGCAAUCGAGGUCGAUAUUGGGAAAGUUAAAACCACCCACUCACUAACUUAACCCUGUUACCAUUUGGUCUUCCAAAUCCUCCUAUUUGGAGGUCUAUAGUAUAAUUCCAUCAAAGCUGAUGUCCCAAGCCAAUUGGUAAACAAUAUCCAAUGAAAAAAGCAAUACGGAGUGAAAGAGUUAAUUAACCUGUUCUAUAUUUCAAUUUUCCCUACUAUAUUAAAGUUUGGGCUGCAAUAGUGACAGUUUAAAACAUGUCUAAUGUUUAAUGUUUCUUUGAAAAUGCCCUAAAGCAUACCACUGCUACACAACCAUAAAUUUUGAAUUAUCCAGCAAUGGUGCUCAGCACUGACAGGCAAGUAAACAGAAAAUUCAGGAAAAGUACAACAGAACAAAUCAUUAGCUUAAAAAAAAGUUUGUAAUGUGUCUAUCCACAUUCUAUCUCAGCAUUGGAUGUUUGAAAUUCUUAGUAGCCUGUGAAAUGCCCCCAUAUCUUUACAUAAAAUAAUUUCCUUCAAGACUAGUAUUCAAAAAAAUAUUUAUGCAUACCCAUUUAAUAAAAAUUGCAAAUAAAACCAGUGCAUGAAAGAAAGCAUUCAUCAAAAGUAUUAGUGUCUUGGCCAUGUAGGUAUUUCUUAAUAAGAUCGAGUAACUUAACUUUGGUGCUUAGUACAAGUUAGCUAUUAGUGAUAUUAUCUACCUGUAAUACACAAUAAAUAUCAUCAUGUCAGAGGCAAUGCUCAAAAGACAAUCAUUUGCAUUCUUUACGUUGAUCAGGUUUUGUAGAUUUAGAAUGUACAGAGUAGUUUGAAUUGUAAUUCUGUGCGUUUAACCAUACAGUUAUCAGUCAUCAAUGGAUCAAUGAAAUAGGUUUCUCUCAUAAACAAAUCUUUUCCCAGUGUGGGUCCAGCAGCUCAUCCCCAAGGUUCAUGAAAGCAAAAUUAUGUUGGCCUUAGACCUGUAGCACAUCCUUGAGGAAGGCAUUUUCUUUCUUAGAAUUGAUCAAAUUUAUCAGACCACAUUGGUGGUCUGAUCUCAAUAAUCUCCAAGGUGCUAUCCAAUAAUGCUUUUCUCAAAACUACAGCUACAUAAUUAAGUAUUUGUUUGUCCGAGAGUGCCAUUUAAAACAUCUGUUGUUUACAAUUUACUUCUCCUCCUACUAGCCAGCUCAAAACCCAAAUAAUGAAAUUGACAUUUUAGGGUAAUAUCAUCCAAGUUUAGCAACACUCCAACCUCCAAACAAUGACCUUUUUAAUACCAUACCAAGAUGAGUCAACAUCGCGUAUCUUUUGGCCACUUCAGGCAAUCCCUUUGGCCAUAAUGGGAGACGUAAUUACUUUGGGAUUUAACUAUUUCAGUUGACCAUUUUCAGUUUUCAAAGGUUUGCAUCCUCUUUUAUCUCAUCACUACUCAAACGCCAUUGUAUAUUGAUAGCACAUUACAGCCCUCAAUGUCCAUCUCUUAACGUCCUGAAUAACAAAAGCAUCAUGGUACCACAGCAGCAGCAGGUAUCACAUGUAAAAAACAAACACAUCUUCCUUCAGGAUCCAGAAUUACCAUAUUUCUUUAUAUUAGUUGAGUAGAGCUAUAUUGAGUAUUACAGUUCCAAAAAAAAAUUAAAAAAUGGAAACAUGCAGUUGUAGAACGAGUGCAAGUUGGAAAAGGUCCCACUCCAGCCUGAAUGUUACUUUUAGAUAACCUAUAAAUUUUCCCAGUUCAUUUCAAUAUUUUGCUUAAUGCCAUGUAUGGUAGCUACAUUUGAAAUUAGCAGUGCUACACCUGAAAAAGAGUAUUUUUUUCUGUCGCAUGUAAACAGUAGUCAAUUUAAAUAUAAAAUCUAGUAUUAGACAAGCUCUAGAAUAUGAACAACUUAACUGUGAAGUUUAAAUUAUGCAAUGGCUUUUCUGUAACUCAAUAGUAUGUUUUAUCUAAUUGCUGCUUAUCUUUAAUAAUUCUGAUUUUAAUUGCUUUUUGGAUCCCUAAAUAUAGUGAAUUUUGUUUUGCUGACCAAAUCUACCUCAAGUUUCAACAUUUGUACAAUGUUCAUGUUGUCUUACUGCAAUCGUGG